GUCUCACCUCCUCCUCACGGCAAUAAGACACGUUCGCUCUUCACUCCGUUUUGGAAAUUUUGGAAGGUUUUUCACAGAAAUUUUAGAAAACCCACGGCAGGCCUACUAAGGAUAAGCGAGAAGACUGGACUGAUAAGUUAUUUUAUGAUAUUUAGUAUAUUGCGUAUUUGGAACUUAGAAUUUUUUUAAAAGUUAGAUAUAGUUGGAGGGUAGUAAAUGUAGUAUUAUUCUAUGUUCAAGUGGGUUAAUUAGUAGUAGCUCUAUUUUAUUCUAAAUUGUCAAAACUCUAUUUUUUGUUUGUUUUGUUAGUAUAUGUGUUAUCAAAAAGAGGUAGAAAUCAUCCUAGACGCUGUUUCAGUUAUAAUGGUUGUACAACGUGGCCAAGAUGAAGGAGGGGAAAAUACUGGCGACCAUGAAGUUAGGGAGGUUAUCCAAGUCUCAGUUGAGGAGAACCUGAACAGUUCCACUGCCACCAACAUUCCUACUGAAUCGUCAGAUGAGGAUGAUCUGUUUGAAUCUAGUAGUAGCGAGGAAGAAAUUGCUUGUCUGGAGACUUUUGCAGCGGAGGAGAAAGAGGUGAACGAACUGAUACUGCACGUAGCCACUCCGUCGUCUCAUCUCGCCUCCGUUGAAGCUUGCGGGUGUCCAUCUCACUCGACUGGACACAAUCCCUUUGCUGGACACACUGCGAAUGUACAUUUUUCGCCAGAAUAUCAUUUCACCAACGGAAUUGAACUACCAUAUUCGAAUGCAACAUGGACGAAUAAUAAUAAUAAUAACGUUGGCAUCAUGCUACCUCAACAACAAGCUGGCUUUCCUAUCGCACCUGCUCACCAUUUCAACAACAAUUACAUGGAAUUUCACCCACUCCAACACAGUAAUGGGCCAAUGUUGCAUGGAGGCCAAGUGCAAUUGGUGCCGAUGCCGAUGCCUGCACCAAUUUUUAACAAUCGUCAAUUUGCAUUAGUGGGCAGCCAUGUUGGAUUUCCAAUGCCUUUCCAAACACCCCCAACUAAUUACCCGAUUGGAAAUCCAAAUAGAAUGAUACCAACUAACCAGCAACAACUGCAAAGAGUUUGGCCUACUCCAAAUUUUAAUGUUGGUCAAUGUUCGCAGCCAUUACCACUACCAAUUUCAGGAGACGGUGUUUAUUCAGGAUUUAUUCCUCACGGAAAUGGGCAACCACUUCUACCGAUUGCAAAUUCGUCAUUUCUUCCAGUACCGACGAACGUACUGCAUUCAAUGGAUGGUGGGACAAGGUGUACACAAAUUUUGCAACCAUUUCCAAAUCAAUGGUAUUGCAACAAUAACAACGAAGGACAUUUGUUGUCUACUAACCAAUCGUUUUCGCCGUGUUUUGAAAACGUUGCAUUUCCUCCUCCUGGUGAUAAUUCAGACAUUCAAUGGGUUAUGAAUAAUUCAGAUUCGGACAUGAUGACGUAUCCUAUCAAUACGCACUAUUCUGGCCAUCUUCCAACUACGUCUCUAUCUUCUUGGGCACCUUCAGAUUCAUCAGGAUCAAGGAGGCCUUCGACUUCUGGCAGUGAUUGCUCAUACGGAUCCCUUGGACACGAUGAAUCAUUUUCCGGCAACAAUAUUAACUAUUCCGCUUCAACAUCUGCAGUGGGAAAUUUUAGCGACGUAGUAUGGUCUCCAACGGAUGUGUCGAAUCGAGUAAAGAUAAGGACGAUGACAGAGGAUAAUCUCAUAUUGAGUCAAAAUGGAUUCAUCGUGGAUGAUCGAGUCCACGUGAAUAUGCACGAGUUGUCUUACGUGGAUAACACAUUUGAUGUAACUGGCAUCAAGCAAUUUCCAGCGCCUCCUCCUUCAAACCUUGAGUACUAUGUUCCUCCCUCAGUUGACGAUUCUGAUUUCUUUGGAGGACAACAGUACUUGUGGCAAGCAAAAAUGUUUGAACAUUUUGGCAUACUUCUCCCAGACAUUUGGCGUUUGCAAGGUGCGCCUCAGUUCAACAUAAAUCCAGAUGAUGGAUGGGUCGGAUUAAAUAUCACUACGAAGCUUCGAUUUUGCUGCAGAAGCUGUAGUACACCAUGGACUUCAAAACAAGGGAAAAUUUUGUUUGCGUUUAAACAAAAUAAGGAUUCCCGUCGAGGAUUCAUUUUCAUGAAAAUCUUUGGACAAAUAUGCAUGAAUAAACAAAGGAAACCAUGUCGAGAUGAGAAUUAUCAACAACCAGCAUGCUAUCCUGAAGAAAUCGAAAGAGCAAUGAAAAGGCUUUUAGAAUUCGUGUGUAAUCAGUUUUACGGUAUUGCACUUCCAGAACAAUUCCUGAAUGAUUGCAAAAAAUCAAUUCGAUUAUCAAAUACUCGCAGCAGCACCAACAACCACCACAAUUUAAAUGUUGAAAAUCAUCAUCAUCACCGUAAAGAUCUUUGCCAGGCCUGCAGAUUGAAUAUUUGCUUUUAACAUGCCGAAAAUUUGAAGGAAAACUAAUCAAUUAUUUGCUAACAAGCGUUUAUUUUUUGAUGAUGCAUACUUACACAUAGUAUCCCAUAAUUUUAUUUACGUUGUGUGUUUGUGUCUUACUUUAAAUUUUCUCACUCUUCGAGAGUCCUGAUUAUGUACUAUUUUGUUUUCCGGCAAUUUAUUUUAUAAUGUCUUGUCUAUUUAUGUUUUUCAGUGAUUGCAUUUUUGUGUUCUGUUUCUUCUUCAAAUUUUACAGUUCUGUUGUAAAGGAGUAUUAUAUUACGGAGUAGCAAUUGUAUACAUUCAAUAUCAAGUUAAUUUUUCCAUUUAUGUAUCCUUAAUAUUACAUUAUAUAAAGCUCAAUCUUCAUCGAAUUGUGUUCUUUGCAAAUAAUAUUUUGUAUACUUACUUGCAAUUGAAAGAUAAUUGAAUAUUUUAAAA